AUGGCUAUCUUAUGCGUAUCAGGGUACCAACCAAGAAGGAAACUGGCAACAUCCGAGCUUCUUCUCAGGUCACUAUCAGUGCUAUGGAGUAAACAUCCAGGCCGUAGCGGACCACCAUUCUCGGUUCAUCUUCUUUGCCUAUGCCGCUCCCGGGUUUCGGAUGACCGUAAUGCUAUGCGGCAAUGUGCUUUACAAAAUUUGGUGGAGUCGCUUCCAACCGGUGUUUGCGUAAUUGGCGAUGCGGCAUACAUCCCUACGGAGCACAUGGUACCGGUGUACCAGGGUUCCGACAAACUGAUCCCACUCUACGACAAUUUCAACUUUUACGCCAGCCAGUGCCGCAUAAGGGUGGAGAUGGCCUUCGGCAUUAUGCAGAUGAAAUGGGGUUUACUAUCGCGUCCUGUUGGCUGUUCAUUGAAGAACAUGAUAUGGCUGGCGCAGGCUAUAGCUCGCCUACACAACUUUUGUAUUAAUGAGCGACUCGAAACGGCGGGCCCAACGACAGAGCCUGUCACCAAUGUGAACGGCACUGGCUACAUUCCCAGCGUUCCCCAUGAUGUGAAUGGUGAUCCUGUACGACUUGACAAUGUUUAUUCGAGCUGUGAGGGGAUGUCGUACCUACGGGAAUUCAUGGCCAACAGAGUCAAGCGCCUACAGCUGAAAAGACCGUCGCGCAACAAAAAACGUAGAAGGGAAGAAGAAUCGUAA